AUGGAUCGGGCAAUGUUGACAGUUGGUCCAGGUAUGGAUUUGCCGAUCAUGCACGACAGUGAUCGGUACGAUUUGGUGAAGGAUAUCGGGUCGGGUAACUUCGGAGUUGCGAGGCUGAUGAGAGAUAAGCAGACCAAGGAGCUGGUUGCGGUGAAGUAUAUCGAGAGAGGCGACAAGAUAGAUGAAAACGUAAAGAGGGAGAUAAUCAAUCACAGGUCUCUGAGGCAUCCUAACAUUGUCCGGUUUAAAGAGGUGAUUUUGACGCCCACACAUCUGGCUAUUGUGAUGGAAUAUGCUUCUGGAGGAGAGCUUUUUGAACGAAUCUGCAACGCUGGCCGUUUCAGUGAAGAUGAGGCUCGAUUUUUUUUCCAGCAGCUUAUAUCGGGAGUCAGCUACUGCCAUUCCAUGUGUAAGCAGAGGAAAACUGGAUGUAGAUUUGUGUUACUAAUACAUGUUUUAUAUCUCUUGGUGAAGCAAGUUUGCCAUCGUGACUUGAAGCUGGAGAAUACGUUGUUAGAUGGCAGCCCAGCUCCCCGCUUGAAGAUCUGUGAUUUUGGUUAUUCUAAGUCCUCUCUGCUGCAUUCACAACCAAAGUCCACUGUGGGAACUCCAGCUUAUAUUGCUCCAGAAGUUUUACGCAGGCAAAAAUAUGAUGGCAAGAUUGCCGAUGUUUGGUCAUGUGGUGUUACAUUGUAUGUCAUGCUGGUUGGCUCUUAUCCUUUUGAGGAUCCUGCUGAACCAAAGGACUUUCGGAAGACCAUCAAUAGAAUAUUGCAAGUUCAGUACAACAUCCCAGAAAAUGUGCAGAUAUCUGAGGAUUGUCGCCAUCUAAUAGCAAGGAUCUUUGUCGCAGAUCCUGCAACAAGAAUCACGAUUCCUGAGAUCAAGAAUCAUGUCUGGUUCCUGAAAAACCUUCCAGCUGAUCUGAUGGACGAGGGUAACAUGACCAACCAAUUCGAAGAGCCUGAGCAACCCAUGCAGAGCGUGGACGUGAUCAUGCAGAUAAUAGCAGAAGCCACCGUACCUCCUGCUGGUCUUUACAGCCUAGAUAUGAUGGAUGAUGACAUGGAUGACCUUGACUCCGACGAUCUCGACUAUGAUCUGGAUCCUGAUAUAGACGUUGACAGCAGUGGGGAGGUGAUAUACGCCAUGUAG